GUGAGCUUGCACACAGAAUAAAACUGUAAACCAAUGAGGCAAGUUACUGAGAGAAGAUCUGCCGAUAGUCGUGAUAAACAAGAAGAAAAAUAUUAAGCCACGGUGAAGAAAAAAGUUUAAAGAAAGAAAUACAGUCGUAAUAUUUUGAAUUUUUUUUACUACUUGUCGAAUUGAUUACUGGAGUAUUAUUGCUUGGUCAAUUUAAAUGUGUUAGAAAAAAGGCUUAUCAGUUAAAAGCCUUUAGAGUAUAUAUUUUGUAAUAGAAAUUCGCCACGAUAACGCGCCUACACAGUUUUCGCAUAAACAGAGACUACAUUAGAAUGGGUUCCAGAAUAAGUUCUGUAAAAAGAACAACUGAAACUCUUAAUAACGGAAAAGAAACAAAAAUUAAAAGACGUCUUGGUAAACAUGUGGGAAAAAGAGAUGUAUUAAAUCACAAUGAAAAUUGUUUUCCUCGUCCAACUAAACUCGAAAUAUUACUGGAUCGUCCACCAGCAUCUAGAACUGUACAGGAAGCUCAUGGCUGGAACAAUGAGGAUAGAAGUAUGAAUGUAUAUGUAAAGGAAGAUGAUUGUAGAAUUUCUCAUAGACACCCAGUUGCUCAAAGUACAGAUGGUAUAAGAGCAAAAGUUGGUUUUUCUAAAGGACUUCAUGUUUGGGAUUUUACUUGGUCAACUCGCCAACGGGGUACACAUGCUGUUGUUGGUGUUGCCACGAAAAAAGCUGGACUUCAUUGUGCUGGAUACCACUGUUUAGUUGGUGCAAAUUCGGAAAGUUGGGGAUGGGACUUAGGACGAAAUAAGUUAUUUCACAAUGAAAAAGUUGUAUCUUCACAGACUUAUCCCAAAAAUUUAGGUUCUGAUGCUAGUUUUAUAGUUCCUGACACAAUCAGAUGUAUUUUAGACAUGGACCGUGGCGACCUAAGUUAUGAAGUAGAUGGGCAAUAUUUAGGGGUUGCAUUUACUGGACUAAAAGGAAAAACUGUUUACCCUAUAAUUUCAGCUGUUUGGGGACACUGUGAAGUAAAAUUAAAUUAUAUUGGAAGCUUAGAUCCUGAACCUUUACCCUUAAUGGACUUGUGUCGUCUAAAAAUACGGCAGACGGUCGGCAAAGAACACCUCACUCAAGAAACGUUAGACAGUUUUAAUAUUCCACGCCAACUUCGACAAUACCUGGUGUACAAAUGGUAAAGUGUUCAACCAUCCCAUGUGAGCCAGGUAAUCAGUGUGAGUGGAGAUUCCCCAUCAUACACAUGACGAGGGUAAUCACCAUCACAUAAACCAAACCGUGGGUAAACCAUUACGCGUAACAGACAAGCAGUUGAGAUUGUCGGCGAGAUGACAAAAGUUGUUAUUGAAUCGUUAUGGUCUGAGAUCGGAGAUGUGCGGAAGCGAGAUUUCAACAUUUAUUGAAAUUUCAUCCUGCGUAUAAUUGCUUUUCAUGUUGUCGUCGAGAAUCAAUCAUUCUAAUGAACUAAUUAUGUCAACACAACAAAUAACGUUGAACUUCUUUCGUUACCGUAAUAGUUGCUAUCGGCCAACCACGAGGUCAGACAGGGGAAAUUACAAUGCAAGAUAAAUUUGUAAUACUUUUUGCUCGUUUUAACAAGAUCCUACACUCCCCCAUGCUGGCCUUUAUACCAAAACAUGUAAUUGACGGCUGACAAUAUUUACAAUUAUUAAAAGAAGAAAAAAUUAAAUAAUUUAUACAUGUAAUAUAGUUAUGAUAAUUUAUGCGAAAAUAAGCGAUAAAGUUA